UUGCAGCACAUACCUUCUCCUCUCUCAGAACAAGGCAGACUGUGGGAGAAAAGGUAUGCAAAAUGAAGGGGAAAAAAAGGCACUGAGCAGCCACUCGUCCUGGAGCUCUCAGGGAAUAAGUCACAGGUACCAAACCAAAGAUGUCCUGGACAAGAAAGAUUCUACUCAUCCUGGGGUUCCUUUCUGCUUUGGCUGUAAUUGCUUUAAUUACUGUAGUAGUGACCCAAAACAAGCCACUUCCGAAGAAUAUUAAGUAUGGGAUUGUGCUGGAUGCGGGGUCGUCCCACACCAAUCUGUAUGUGUACGAGUGGCCAGCAGAGAAGGAAAACAACACGGGGGUAGUGCAGCAGGUGGAGGUGUGUAAAGUCAAAGGCCCUGGGAUCUCAGGUUACUCCCAUUCCCCAGAGAAGGCAGGUCCUUCUUUGGAACAGUGCCUACAACAAGCAGACGAGGUGAUUCCCUCAAAGCAGCACCAAGAGACACCCGUCUACCUCGGAGCAACUGCUGGCAUGCGGCUUCUCAGCUUGGAGAAUAAAACUGCAGCUGACAAAGUCUUGUCCUCAGUAGAGAAGACGCUACGCUCAGCUCCCUUCAACUUCCAGGGUGCCAGAAUCAUCAGUGGUAAGGAAGAAGGAGCCUAUGGAUGGAUCACCAUUAACUAUCUGCUGGGCAAUUUCAAGCAGUCUGGCUGGACAAAACUUCUACAUUCCCUGAAAUCCGUAAGUGAGACAUCAGGAGCACUAGACCUCGGAGGAGCCUCAACACAGAUUACCUUUGUACCAGAUGAACUCUCUUCUGAGCCCCCAGAGAACCUGCUCCACUUCCGUCUCUAUGGCAAGGAUUACCUAGUGUACACACACAGCUUUCUCUGCUAUGGGAAGGACCAGGCUCUGCAACAGAAACUGGCUGAGGAUGUGCAGACCGUGGAGAACAGCAGCCUCCUUGAUCCAUGCUUUCACCAGGGGUAUCAGAGGACUAUAAAUAUAAGUGACCUCUUCAGAAACCCUUGUACAGCAGCCAAGAAAAAGCAACUCCCUUUCAGCCAGCUGUACAUACAGGGAGAGGGGAAUUAUCAAAAGUGCCGAGGAAACAUCCAGAAACUCUUUGACAAAUCCUAUUGUCCUUACUCCAGUUGCUCUUUCAAUGGGAUAUACCUACCUCCAUUACGAGGGGAUUUUGGGGCUUUUUCUGCCUUCUAUUUUGUGAUGAACUUUUUGAACCUGACCAGUGAACAAAGCCCCAUUGCCCUGGAUAAAGUGACUAGCACCAUUGAGAGCUUCUGUGCCCGGCCAUGGCAUGAGGUGAAGACAGCAUAUCACCAAAUAAAAGAGAAGUACCUGAGCGAAUACUGCUUCUCUGGGGCCUACAUCCUUUCUCUUCUGGAAAAUGGCUAUGAGUUUACUAAAGAGAACUGGCAAAGGAUCCAGUUUCUUGGAAAGAUCGGCAGCAGUGAUGCAGGUUGGACCCUGGGCUACAUGCUGAACCUGACCAACAUGAUCCCUGCAGAGGAGCCCGCUGUGCCCCCCCUUUCCCACAGCAGCUAUGUGGGGUUGAUGGUGCUGUGCUCCCUCGUGCUCGUGUCCGUGCUCCUGUUUGCCUGGCUUCUCUUCCACAAGCCCAAGUGCCUGCAGAAGGGGAUUGUUUAGGAAAGAUCCCUGGGUGGGAGAGGGGCCAUGUCACCCUAGUCGCUCAGGGCUAGGAGACCCCAGCAGAGCAGGCUGUACUGCAGAGCCCCUCUCACCGAAGCUACUGACUGUGUACAACAAGGGCAUUUAUUUCUUCUGACGCACACUUGCACUGACAGACAUUGGGACAUCAGACUCACCACCCCUCUCUGCCAAGGACAGACAAGCGGGUGUCCCCUCCGUGAAUGGGUCGUACUUUCAUUCAAGGAAACUUUUGCUGCUUGUUGGUUUUAACUUGUGCAUAGCAUUACAAAGAGAAAAGCAGUAGCAAUCUUUGGGAGCUGGUGCUCCUGCAAGGGUAAUCUCAGGGCUGUACAUCCCACUGAGCUCUUGGGAGCAAUCACACACAGAGAGAUCCUGCUCCUCCUCUGCUGAAGUUCCCGAGAGCCUUUCCUGUACCAGCACACCUCUGCUUGCCUCCCCAUGCCCUGAACCCUCGCAGCCCUCAGCUGGGUACAGCCACCUGCACCUGGCUGGCCCCUGAAGGCUGGCCGGGCUCCCAAAUAUGCCACUUUGGGAAAAGAAGGGACAAGAAUGAAGAAACUGAGUGUGCUGGUGGUCACCAGCCCUUAGCUGGCCUCUGGUAGCUGUCUGCUCCUUUCACAGGUGGCAAGAAGCCUCUAUCCCAUGUCUUCCUGAUGUUAUUGCUGGACCAAAGCUGGCUCACUGUUACACUGAGCCAUUCCCAUUUCCCUAGGGUGCAUCAAGACAUGAGUUCCCUGCCAGGCUUUGCUGAUUUUUGUAGAAACAGCUCAUACUGGCUGAGGAUCCUUGAACACUAGUGAGUGCUUAUGUCUACAGGAACUUUGGUGUAAUCAGGGUGCCUACAGGUAUACACCCACUAAAGCAAUCCAGUGUCACUGUGCUGAUCAUAUAGCAGCCUCCAAUCUAGGGAAAAAGUUUAUUAGGUCAUGUUCCUUUAUAAAUAGACAGCUGUCAGCAGUUAACCAGCAUGGGCAUGCACAGAUGGAACAAUUCUUUGCACCAGCAAAAUCAGUGAAAAUUUGCCUUUACUCCCCUCCUGGCUUAGGCUUGUCCCAGGAGCAUAAGACCCAGGGCUCGUGAGUGCUCAUACUGCAGCCCAUAUCUUAGCAUAUAACUAGGGUGAUGCCACUGAUCAGGUUUAUGAAUCACUUUCUUCCAGUUUCUGUUUCUUGGUCCAAAAAAAAAAAAGAGAGAUAAGUUAAAAAUCCAUUUUUAUAAAACCACUUGGAAACCACUGGUGCCUGUCUAUCUCCCACAAAAUCUCAGAAAUUUCUUCUCCCAAUGACCUCUAAGUGCUGGAGGCCAAAACAAGACAGAUAUUGUGGAGAGAGAGGCCUGGCAAACACACACCUCCAUCUGCUUCCCCAAGCAAAACUGUAGAAGGCAUGGAGGGGAUCAAGAUGGGCGAGACCACUACCGCUUUCUCCUUCAGGCAAGUACAGACACACAGCUUGGGUUUUUCUUGUUCUCUUAGCCUGUGCGUCUGCACAGUGCAGGCUGGAAAUGUCCCCCAGUUAUUUCAUGCCUAGUAAGCAGGAGCCAUAACAUAUUGAAGGACCCUUCCCCUAAAGGUAAGGGAAAAAUCUACUGUCCUGUGGUAAAAUCUUUUGCCAGUUAAUCGAUCUUCCAAAAAUCUGUGGUUUAUUUUUGCUCUGAAUUAGCUGGCUUCAGCUUCUGUUGGAUCAUCUUCUGCCCAUUUCCAAAAGACCAAGUAGCUCUCUGCUAUCAAAAUCCCUUUUUCCUUGUUGGUGCUUGCAAGUUGUCAUUGUAUCGUAUUAAAUAGAUUGAUCCUCAAUCUUUAAAGUGCUCUGUCCUGACUUCAUGUGUAGCUCUUGACUCCACUUCUUUGAAAAUGUUUACAUCUUUCUGAUAUUUGGACACCAAAGUUUUAAGCAGUGAGUGGGAGUAGAGUCACUAGUAAUGUAUAUAAAAGUAACACCCUCUGGUUUUGAUCUAUUCUCUGUGUUCACCAUUCAUGUAUCUCAGGACCAGGUCUGAUCACAUAAGAGAAGUUUUUGGGCUGUUUUGUCCAGCUGGGCUAUUGCAACUUGGCCUUUUUUCCAGUCAUUGCAUUCCAGGUUGGCCACUGUCUCACACCAUGCAUCAAUGUCUCUAAACAUGAGGCACUUUGUCUUCCACAUGGCGCCACUAAAACACGUACUAUGCCCUCAACCAAGAGGAAGUAAAGAAUAUUCCCCCAACUAAGUGAUCCAGAUCCACUCUCAAAUGACACUUCCCCAUUUUUUUUAUCUGCAAAUACAUGGAGAUGUUGGAAUUCAUCUUGAAAUGGAGCCUUGCUUCUGUUGCUUUCAGCAAGGACAGGUAGAUGAGAGAUUAACAGUAGGUUUUGGUCACGGCUGGAUGGCAUGCGGGAGGAGCUGCUUCAGCUUCUCAGUCAGCUUCACUUGCAACACACCCCACCCUGUGCAGCUUUUGCAUAUGGAGUCUUUGUAGCAGACCAGAUGUCCUGGAGAAAGUCCAUGUGUGAGCUCGUGUACCCUUCCUCCGCAUGAGCAGUGUGGAAACUUGCAGAACAGUCAUUCAUAGAGGGGGGAAUUUCCAAAUAUGCCAGUAAUAAUACAGUACCAGUUCUCUUUUUAAUUUAGCUAAUCUGCCUCACUGAUAAUAAUCUGUGCCUUAUUUUUAAUUUGAUAAAUUCUGAAUUUAAUUUCCAGCCAGAGGUUUCUGUACAGUUUUGUUCUUCUGGGUUAAAGCAUAUUUUAACAUGACAUGUUCUUGUCUUGCAAAUGUUUAUUCACUAAUCAGCUCUGCUGGGCUGCCAAGACUCCAGACCUUGGUCUCUCCUGUUUUGCCACAGGAAGCCCUGAGAUACACUGCAACAAGGUGGGAUGAGUGUCUCAGGUUUGGGAUCACAUGUUGAGUAGUCCAUUUUUGGGAAGGUUCCUUGCAGGGAGAUUUGCAGUGGUAGCUUUGCAGGGAGCAGGAGUGGUCUGGUCUCUGGGACUGAUGACUUCCACAAGCUCUCUUACGUUCACCCAAGUGUCAGGUCUGAGGCAAAACUGUUUUCACUGAGGUUGAAAUUUUCAGGGGUUCUGAAAGAAAGCCUGGGGGCCUGCAGCAUGCUCACCUCUUGCAGAAAACAGCCAGUCCCCACCCUUUCCUCUCGCCCCAACACAGCUAGCUCUCCUCUGUGCAGGCGUACAGCUGACUUCUCUGGCCCUACAGCAAAGCACAGUGGAGGCUCCACCUGGAAGAAAGCUCUCAAAGUGAGGCCAUCACUUCUGCAGUGAGAGGCUGAUUUCCAAUGUUGGUGCUCACCAGGGCUCCACAACUUCUCCUCAGCAGGAUGCAUGCCCCCUCCUCAUCCAUGUGAAUUCUUCCCUGCAUGAGGGACCUGCAGGUUUUGAGGGGCUGCUCGUGGGGUUCAACAGCCUGUUCAGAAAGGGCUAGGAGGAGCACACUGGGGACAUGCCAGCUGGGCCAUGCACUUUCUUUUUGCAGCUCAGCCCUGAUGAAAUGGAUCGUUGUUUUGAUGUACACACAAAUCUUUGUAUCCUUAUCACAAU